AUGGUUGAAAAGGUGGGAACUGAUGCUAUGCCUCUUCUUUUUAGGCUUGUCCGAAGAGGAGAGAGGGGAGGAAGGCAUGCAGAAGGCGCUUUGGAUGAAGUGAGUGGAGGUGACCUGCUUGUCAUACAUUCCGUUUUCCUAAAUGUGUUCCUUGGAGAAUCAUUAAAGCCAGUACAAAAUGAAGAUAACCUCACAUGUUGCAGGCGCACUUACUCCAUAGCUAUAACGGAUAUGGAUCAGAUGAACCAUUUUUCAGAAUGGGAGAAGCUCCGUAGGUUGCGUAUCAUGUCGAUAUUACGGACGAUAAUAAGUGAAAGGACCUGUACAUUCAUGCAGUUUUUACAAGUAAAGUUUGAUGCAGUUUCAAAAUUGUUGUUAGAAUACGAAAUACUAAAAGGUCCCACCUCCGCCAAACCUUCUUACUCCUCAUUGUCACUGGCAUCGCUCUUCCAAGCCAUGACCUUAUAA